AUGUUUUUGGAAGAGAGAAAGAAGCUGAAUCGGCUCUCUCGUAAGGUUUCCAAUCCUUGUGGGAACAAAAAACGCCUCCUCAACAGUCGUCUGGCCGGUAAAUCCUCCCUUAAGGGCCAAAAGCACCCCAUUAGUAAUACCGUUCACUCUUCCCGUUCCUCAUUUUCAAGACAUCUCGAUUUUCCUCUCGAAUUUUUUAAAUCCUGUGCUGAAAUCAACGCAGUUAGUCCCUUUUCUGGAGAAGGGAUUAGCGUACUGCAAAAGCAUCUUCACCAAAUCACCACUGCUCUUGUGCAGAAUGCCGUUCGUAACAUGGAACAGAAUCGUCGCGGUAUCCCUCACAUCUCCGAUAUUGAUUCUGCAGCUUUGGCAAUGGGUAUGAACAUCCCAUAUGGUGCAGCUACCGGUGAACUUAUUCCGGUAAGAACCAGCGGACGCAACGCUGCUCCCGGAGUGGGCGGAAAAAUGAUCUUGAUUCGAAAGGACAAGGAGGUGGACAUUAAGACUCUUCUUCGUCGGCAGCCCACUCCUGUGAUUUAUGAUAUUAGUCUAGUGGUGCACUGGUUGGCGAUAGAUGGGGUUCAGCCGACUUCACCACAGAACCCACCACCAGAGUUUCUGCGUCGAAUGACAAUACUUUCAGGUACUCAGGCACCGAAGGCGAUCUGUACAGCUCAAAAUCCUACCCAAAAAAUCGACGAUACACAACAGGUGCCUAAUGACACGAAGACAGAUAAGACCAAGCUGGUAGACGAUCGAGCUUCUCAUCCACGGGUUAUGCAAGCUCUUCAUGUUGAGCGACGUCCGCAAGAAGUCAGUCAAGAGCUGAUGCUCUAUUUUCGAGAGCUCACUGAAGCCUGCGUCGGAGCCAACGAGGUUCGUCGACGAGAUGCGCUGGAAAAUGCUACCCUAGACACGGGUCUGCAGCCCCUCGUGCCCUACCUCGUCACCUUCAUUGCCGAGGGUGUAGGUGCCACUCAUCUUCUUCCCAUUCUG